AUGUGGCUUAGCGCGGUUGUGACGGCAUCAACUUCCAAAUCCAACGAACGUCACUCCCUCAACAUGCAAGGUCUUUACAAUGCGCUGAUCCGCACACACCACAUCACCUCUCGCAAGAAGGUCGCGGCCCUCAAACGAGCCGCGGACUCUCAUCAAUGCUCGGUCCUGCUCCGGUCUGGCGGCUGUCCGGGGAUCAUGUACGUCGAAGGCCAGGGCAAGGAACGCGUUGAGAUGUGGGUCGAUGUCGUGCGGAAGUUGCGAUAUAAGGACUUUCAAUUGGUUACUCGUCCAGGGCCUGUCGAGAUGGAGGGUGAAACGGAAUUGAAAGGGAGGGAGAAAACCAAGACGAAGAAGGAGAUUACCGGUUUGGCGCUUGGACUAGAUGAGGUUGACAGUGUGAAAGAAUUUGGAGCAAUCAUGGCGAAAAGGGAGGUGUGGAAUUGGUGGCGACGCGGAAUGGGAUACGCGUGA